AGGGGAGAGAGCCGCGUUGCGGCCCGCCCGUCCCCGGGGUUCUCUCCGUGCCCGGCGGGGCUGGGCCUACGGGCCGCCCCUUGCCCACCCCGGGGCUCCUCCCUGCCGGCAGGGCCGCGGCAGCGCCGGUCCCCGCUUUGUCACUGAAGCACAAAGGUUCUCGGCGGCCCGGGGAGGCGGCGGCUCCCUCCGCCCCUGAGGCGGGGAGCGGGGCCGGGGUUUGUGGGGCUUUCAGUCAGCGAAGCUGCACGCGGCGGUGCUCUUAGCGUCGCCCCGCGGGGCCUCUCCCGAAGCGUCGAGCCAGAAUGCAGCGUCCCUGCCUCUGUCAGUGGCCGUGACGCCGGACCACCGCAGCGUCGCGCACGGCGCCGCUCCCCAGGACCGCGGUGGGACGACGCCUUCCGCGCCCCAACCCUUCUGUUGAGUCUUCAAGUCCAGGAGGUUCAGCAACAUCUGAUGACCAUGAAUUUGAUCCAUCAGCUGAUAUGCUGGUGCAUGACUUUGAUGAUGAACGGACAUUAGAAGAGGAGGAAAUGAUGGAAGGAGAAAGAAACUUCAAUUCUGAAAUAGAGGAUCUUAACAGGGAAAGCGAUAUGCCAAUCCAGGAGCUGCUUAGCCUUUAUGGCUAUGAUGGCACCAUUCCACUCCAAGAAGAUGAUGAUGAGGAAGAUGAGGAAGAGGAAGAGGAGGAGGGAGAAGAUGAUGAUGAUGUUGAUAACGACGACAACAGUGGCUGCAGUGCUGAAAACAAAGAGGAGACCAUAAAGGAUUCAUCAGGUCAGGAAGAUGAGACACAGUCAUCGAAUGAUGACCCAGCACCCUCAGUUGCUUCUCAAGAUCCACAGGAGUUGAUUCGCCCCCGUCGAUGUAAAUAUUUCGAUACAAACAGCGAAAUAGAAGAGGAGUCCGAAGAAGAUGAAGAUUAUAUUCCCUCAGAAGACUGGAAAAAGGUAAAUAUUAAGGAAAUCAUGGUGGGCUCUAUGUUUCAAGCUGAAAUUCCAGCUGGCAUAUGCAGAUACAAAGAGAAUGAAAAAGUGUAUGAGAAUGACGACCAGCUGUUGUGGAAUCCUGAUGUCUUACCAGAAGACAAAGUGAUUGAGUUCCUAAACGAGGCAUCACGGCGCACAGGAGAUGAGAAGGGCCUGGAUGCCAUUCCUGAGGGAUCACACAUUAAGGACAAUGAGCAGGCGUUGUAUGAACUGGUGAAGUGCAAUUUUGAUACUGAGGAAUCUUUACGAAGGCUGAGGUUUAAUGUGAAGGCAGCCAGAGAAGAAUUAUCUGUUUGGACAGAAGAAGAAUGUAGGAACUUUGAACAAGGGCUGAAAGUCUAUGGCAAGGAUUUUCAUGUCAUUCAGGCAAAUAAGGUACGAACAAGAUCAGUUGGUGAGUGCGUAGCAUUUUAUUACAUGUGGAAGAAAUCAGAGCGCUAUGAUUUCUUUGCACAACAGACGAGAUUUGGAAAGAAGAAAUACAACCUUCAUCCCGGCGUAACAGACUACAUGGACCGCCUCCUCGAUGAAAGUGAAAGCGCGGCCUCCAGCAGAGCUCCGUCCCCUCCGCCCACAGCCUCCAACAGCAGCACCAGCCAGUCUGAGCGAGAGGACAGCACCACCAGCAGCAGCAACCAGAACGGGCUGUCUGCUAAUGGGCCGGGAGAGAUUCCAAGUAAGGAUGAAGCAAAACCAGAAGGACUGCACGUCAACGGACCUACUGGAGGCAAGAAAACCCCUCACCCAGAUCUGGAUACAAAUGGGUAUGAAACUGAAAGUCUUUCCCUUGACCCCAAAGUUGCUCAUUCAACUUCAAGAAGUGAAAAUGAUUUUGAAGAAAAAAAUGAAAGACCUCUAAAAAGAAGAAGAAUUAAUAGCAGUGGUAAAGAGAGCCCUGGUUCUUCAGAGUUCUUCCAAGAAGCAAACUCCCAUGGGAAGCUGGAAGAGCUGGAAACAUUGGAUGACUGAAUAAUAGGAGCAGAUUUUAUUCCUUGGAGUAAAUCUCUGGUGUCUAGAAUUUUCAGGGUUGAUGGGUUACCUUGCAGAAUCCAGUUCCAUAAAACACUGCUGAGAUUUUUCUAAUAGCUUCUGGUCAGCUCCGCAGAUCUGCUUCUUGGGUUGUGGCAGUGCUGAAAGGCAGCAGCAGAAUAUUCUGUUCCUGAGGUGCCAGCUGCAGCUCUGGGAACACGGAGGCACUUAGGAGCAUUUGAGCAACAAAUCAGUGAUUUUCUGUAAAAAUGCUUCCAGCCAGCAGGAAAUUGGGUGUAAGUUGAUGUGAGCAUUGCACAGGUGAACAAAGCAGGGGCUGGUUUCAAUUUCUGAUCGUUGGGGGAAGUUAAAAACGAAUCCCAAAUCCUGAGACGUGCACAGAGUGGGCACAGAGACUCCUAGCAGAGCAGCACGUGUCACCUGGCUGGUAAGGAACCCGCAUGAAUCCUGAAAGUUACGAGCACAACUAUUUUUAUAUAUAGAAGUUUUAAAAGGUAAAUAAACCAGGUCAGGUUUGUCUAUGUAAAAUUGUUGACAUCAAUGAUGUCUUUCCAUAUUCUUAUCUGGGCUAAAGAAAUACGUUCUGUAUUUUUCCAGAUUUCUUUGUAGCCUUUGAAAGAUUUUUACAGUACUUCACGUCUUGAUCAAACUGUCCUUUCUUAAAACAAAAGCUUGUAUAAUUUUCUUAGCUUGUACAGUUGGUAAACUUUUAUGAGAGAAUUGAUAUCCUGAGUCUGAUGUCAGCUUCGUUUUAUUUUGCUGAAAUCUUUUCUAAGAAAAAGAAAAAAAAAAAACAACCACAAAAAAAGAAAGAAGCCAAACCAAACCAACUGACCUAGAAAACAAAAA